UCCCUUGUUUUUGGACCUAUUUUGUUAUCCCUUUGUAUCUUCCACAGUCUAAACACACAUCUCAUUUACUCACUCAAACCAAUUUUCCCAAAUAAAGCUCAGAAGAAAUGGUAACAACUCAGAUGGCAGCAUCAUCCAUAUCUGCUAAAGGGUUUGUUUCAUUUGAAGGACUUAGGUCUACUAGUAAUGUAAAGAUUGCAUCUUUUGGUCAUUUGAAGCAGAAUAUGAGGUUUUUUCAUGGACUUGUUGUUAAGGCUGCAACUGUUGUUGCUCCUAAGUACACUUCAGUUAAACCUUUGAGUGAUAGAGUUUUGGUGAAGAUUAAGACUGCAGAGGAGAAGACUGUUGGUGGUAUCCUACUUCCAACAACGGCACAGUCAAAUCCACAAGGAGGUGAGAUUGUUGCUGUCGGAGAGGGUCGUUUAGUUGGGAAGAGUAAAGUGGAAAUUAGUGUGAAGACUGGUACCCAAGUGUUGUACUCAAAAUAUGUGGGAACCGAAGUGCAGUUUGAUGGAUCAAAGCACCUGAUCUUGAAAGAAGAUGACAUUGUUGGUAUUCUCGAAACAGAAGACAUCAAAGACCUGCUGCCCUUGAACGACAGAGUUCUAAUCAAGGUGGCCGAGGCUGAGGAAAAAACUGCUGGAGGAUUGUUUUUGAGUGAGUCUUCAAAGGAGAAACCUUCGAUUGGCACGGUAGUAGCCGUUGGUCCCGGUCCUCUUGAUGAGGAAGGAAACAGGACAUUACUUUCAGUAUCCCCUGGAAAUACAGUUUUGUAUUCCAAAUAUGCUGGCAAUGACUUCAAAGGAGCUGAUGGCUCUGAUUAUAUCACAUUAAGGGCAUCUGAUGUAAUGGCUGUGCUUUCAUAGAUGAAUAAUCACUCUUUUCGAUCGAAGAAGAAUUGGGGAGGGGUGAUUAGAGAGAACAUGACACAUCUUCUGCUCAUCGAGGGUCAUGACCCUAGAUUAGGAGAGAGUGUUAGUAGGUAGUCGAGCGAUUUUUUUUUUUUUUUUAGGAGGAGAGCUCUUCUCUUUUCAAUAUUAUUCUA